UCCUCUCUCUCUCUCUCUCCCUCUCCCUCACGCCCGGCGCGCCCUCCCAGUCUGGCCGCGGCAAGGACAGAGUGCGUGUGGUGAUGCGGUGGGGUGCCCUCGUAUACAUGUGUGUGUUUGUGUGCGUGUGUGUGCGUGUAGUACGUGACGGUAUUGGUGUGCGUUCUUGAGUGUGAUCAGUGUGUGUGUGUGUGUGUGUGUGUUCGAUAUACACCUAUGGAAUUGUAGUGUGUACGUACGUUUAAACACACAGCAAAGGAAAGUUAAUGAAGAGUAAGCACGUGAAUUGAAAAGGCGGAAAAUAAAGUUGACAAAAUAGAUGAACAAACAGUGAUGAAACACAACAAACAACUAAGGAAGCAAAUCAAGAAGUGCGGGAAGGAAAGGAAGAGAUAGAAAAAUUAAACAAAAAAAAAAUAAUAACUUGGACAAUAACAAUAAUCGAUGAAGAACGUAAAUGAGAGUAAAGAAGAAAAAAAAACUAAAAAAAAAAAAAAUAAGAACUCAUCAGCUGAAAAAAUAAAAAAUACUAACUUAAAUUUGAGCCAAAGAAGAGAACGAGUGAAAGAAGCAGAGAUUAAGAAAAAGUAAAAACAUCAACUUAAAGACGAACCUAAUCACUAGAGAGAGAGAGAGAGAGAGAGAGAGAGAGAGAGAGAGAGAGAGAGAGAGAGAGAGAAUCACAAACUCCAGCAUUCACCUCCGGACAGCACAACCACAACCACAACCACCAUGGGCUCCUCCUGUCUUAUCAAAACAUGUUCCGUUAAGAGAACCCGAAUAGGCGCUUCUUUUCACCGCCUACCAUGGAAACACCCGAGUUUGCACGCCACACUUCAACAUGCUUUCGGUGUCACCAAUGUACGAGAACUUACAAGAUGGUCACGGAUUUGUUCUUGGCAUAUCGCCCAGUUAGCGCCCCUUGCAUCCACACAUGAGGCAGUGCGAAGGCUUAUGGAGUAUUAUGCCUGGAAUGCGAGGAGUUACAAGCGCAUAUUUGAGCUAUCCAGGCGUGUGGGUGGUGAAAACGAACAGGAACAGGCGUCUGGUGAGGUACGUGGUGGUGUGGGUGUUGGAGAGGCGCGUGGUGAGGCUGCGUACGGUGACGGCGCGGGUCAAAACUGGGUGCACUCUAGCGGCGAGGAAACAAAGCAGGGAUAUGAAGAAAUGAAGGAGGAAGAGAAGGAAAGACAAUAUGAAAGUGUCCUUACUAAUCUUCUUCUUCACGUCCUCUCCGGUGCCUUGGCUAAUGACGCCCACACUCCGCCCAGCUACCCACCCUCGCUGGAAGGCGGACGCAGUAUGAUCCCGGAUGACUGCGCGGCCGGAGCUAUGGACGCUGCCAGGGAUCCGGACGCGGGCCUGGAGGACGCGGGAAAAUCAAAGAAAACGGAAGAUAUUAACGAUAACCAUACUAAAGUGAAGGAGGGCGAGGAUGACGACGAGGGGGACGAUGAGAGCGCCUCUAUGACCAACGGGGAAGUGGCGGAGGUGCAGAGUGGAAGGGAAAGUGACGCUAAUGAGGAGAGAGUGGAGGAGGAGGGGGAGAGUGAGGUGAAGGAGGUGGAGGAGGGGGAGGAAGGGGAGAGUGGAGUGCAGGCGGAGGGAAGUGAUGAGGAUAAGGAGUCGAGUGAGGAUGAUGAGGACAAGUUGGUGAUCAGCGAGGGAAAUGACAAGCCGCCUGAAGACUCCGCGGACGACAGUUCCAAGGGGGAACCCCCAGUGGUACCCCCCAGCAAGGCCCCCAGCACCACCAGCCCCCCAGACUCCCCGCGGCGCAGUGAGAAGCGUCCAGCAGAGGGGGAAGGGGAGGGGGAGGCAGCUCUGGACUCCCCCAGUAAGCGACCACGCCCCUUGGAGGAUCUGGUGUGUUUGGAUGCCCUGACGUCGCUGUCCCAGGUGGAGGGGUCCCUGUUGCAGAUUAAGAGGGACCUGGAGGCAGUGGAAUUCCUCGUCAAACAGAAGGAGGAGGAGUGGAACACGCUACUCCGCCUGCAGAAACGGAAGGAGGAGCUGUACAUCCGCCUGGCCCGUCGCCGUCAGACCCUGUUGAUGCAGCAGGAGGAGGGGGCAGGGGCGGAGCAGGGGGAGGAGGGACGGAGUAGUAGUAGUAGUAGUAACCUUUUGUUCCUGCCUCAAGGUGGUUAUUCAUCCCUCAGUGGCCCUCAGCUGCCUCUCAUGAUGAUGUCGCAGCUGCUGGGGUCAUCUGCUUCUGCCCAGGCCCUGCAGAUGGUUGGGGGCCCUGCAGUGGUGCGCACCAGGGAGGGCAGCCCCAACACCGACACCAGCGCCACCACCACCAACAACGGCAACAUCAGCGUCAUCGACAUCCACACCAGCAGCAACAAGGCCCCGGGAGACAGGUCAAAGAUCUCGCACGAAGCACAAAGCAAGCUGACCAGACACAUCUCCUCCGCCAUGAAGCCAAUUCUCCCCAAGCCUCCUGGUGGGGGGGUAGGCAGCCUCCCUACAUCCCUGUCCUUCUCAGCCACCGGUCAAGGUCCACAGGGUCCCACAGUGAAUGUACAGCACCUAAUAGCCGCCCAUCGCAAGGAGAACCCCAAUACACCCCCCAUCAGCUCCAAACACCUCACCCCCAGGAGGGCCACCCGGGGGGCUUGGCGAAACCGCUAUGACGGAGACAAGCGCCCUACGCCCCCCCACAGGGACCAGGAGCGCCCCCCAAGUGUCUCCAGCUCCAGCAGUGACGCGGAGAGCAGGACAGCAGGGAUGCCGGCCGGCCUGCCCCCCUCCUCCAAGAGUUUGUUGACGCUAAAUGAUCCGUCGGUUUCUUAUAAAGAUGUUUUGCUGAGGUUUGCCGAGCUGACCCAGAUUGAGAAGCAGCCUGGCUCGCCACAGAUCUCCAUAUUUCCGGUGGCCAGCAAUGAGGGGCCAGGGAAGCGUUCUGACCUGAGUCGCGAAUCCACCCCGGGCAUGAGGUCCCACACCCCCCCCACACACCUGCCCCCCUCAGCCUCCUCCGUAGCAGCAGCCCCCACCCCCAAGCCUGGCCUGGAAGCGCCCUCUGCCCUUGCCAAGUUACUAUUGGAAUCACGGGGUGGUGUGUCAAGCAGUGGUCUGAAGGGUGUGGGUGGCGGCGUGGGAGAAGCCACCCCAAACUCCCACUACCUGACACUCUCGGCACUGUUGUCAGGAGGCUCCACCACCACUGUCAAGGAUAAACUGUCACACGCACAGGUAAGACAGCAGUCUGAGGGGCGCAGCAAGAAGGCCACCACCACCACUAGCAGCAGCAGCAGCAACAGUCAGCCAGGGGAGGAGGGCAGUGGUAACCCUAAGUGCCAAGGGUGCCACAAGCAGAGGGCGCAGUUUGUGUGUGCUGGCUGUGGGAACCAGUGGUAUUGCUCUAGGGAAUGCCAGGUGUCGUCCUGGGAGGAACACUCGGAGCACUGCAGUAACUGAGUGUGUUGCUGCUGCGUUGUGGGUGCUGGCAGCAGGAGCCACCGUGUCUCCAACAACCAUCCCAACAACCAUCACAACCACCACCACCACCACCACCACCACCACCACCACCACCAUUACCAUCUGCACACACACACACACACACACACACACACACACACACACACACACACACACACACACACACACACACACACACACACACACACACACACACACACACACACAAACCAAGUAAGUAAAAUAAGACUUAAAAAAACAAAUCAACAAAGGACGAAAAGAAAAAAAAACGAAAAAAAAACAAAAAAAAAAUAAGUAGGAGUCCUGUUUUUUUAUGUAUAGGAUUUUAAUCUGUGUAAGGAUAGGAUCAUCUGGGAUUUCCACCUUCCUCUAACGACUCUGCAUGGACUUAACUAUUUGCUCUUAACUAUUUCUAUUGAGGUGAAUAUGUGAAGCUGAACUCGAGUCCCAUUAUUUUUGUAUCAAACGGGGGAGGGUGCCAGAACCGCUACCGCCCCCCUGCCCCCGCCCCGCCCCCAGGCACUCCCGCAGGUGGUGCCCCUCGGUGCCACGCGCGGGGCAGUGCCGAGGGCGGAGGCACCACUGAGAAUAAUAAUACUGUGAUAUGUAAGUGCAUUUUUUGUAUAUCGCAAGAAAGUGUUGGCCGUUUUUUAUACAAAUCACCAAGGCUGUGCCCAUACUGUAGUGACCAACCUGCACUGUGACCCUGCCCCUGUGACCCUGACCCUUAGCCUUCCCUGCAGCCCUUAGCCUCAUCCCUUUGGCCCUGUGUUCCCUUUGUUCCCUCCCUUUGUCUCCCUUCACUGCCCCUGUAGCUCCUCCUUCUCAUAACUUUUCCUACUUCUUCUCCUCCUCAUCCUUUCUUCCUAUUCUUUCUCUUAACUACUGUGUCUUUUUCAUCAUUUUCUCCUUGUCUUUCUCCUAGCUCCUAUUUUGCUUUCUUCCUUAUCUCUUCCUCCUCCUCUUCCAUCCUAGCCAUUCUGUCCCUCCCCUCACCUCAUUCCUUCCUCCUUCCCUCCUUAAUCCUUUCUUUUCUUCUUAUUUAUCUUCUUGUUCUUCAUUUUCCUCCUCCUCCUGCUCCUCCUCCAACCUAGCCAGCCUCACACACUCAACCCUUUCAGUAUAAACAGGCUGUGUUCCCUUUAGACACUACCACUAACCGUUAACCUCCCUCCCUCCCUCCCUAGUCACCCCAUUACAUAGGUGCUGAUGACCCACCCCUCCACCACCACACCACCACACCACACCACACCCUUGUUAGCAAUCUGUAUGGGGUAGUUUGUAGGCAGACGAUUAACAAUAAUGAAGUAAAAUAGUGCGCUAUUAUAAUAAUCUGAUAUUUGGUAUGUUUAUGUUCGCUACUUUCUGUGUGAGGAAGCGUGCUGGUGCGGCAGUGACACAGAGAUGCAUGCUGGGAGUGUUCUCAUUGUUUGUUGGCCUCUCCUGCUUCCUCUUGUCUCAUCUCCAGUGUUGACAGGCUGUAAUGAGCAUUGCCACUUCUAACAGGCUGUAGUGGGAGUUACUGGGGUUCUCAAGAGUGUUUUUUUGUGAUUUUAGUGGUGAUAUAAGAGGGAUUCUAAACUCAGCUGGAUCUGUUGAUGGUCAUAAAAGGCAUUUUGCAGUUUCAGCAUCCUGCCAUGGAAGCCAUAGGGGUUUUCAAGGGUGUUGUUCGUGAUCCUAGUGGUGGUUUAACAAGGAUUCUACAUUUUUCAACAGGCUCUAGUGGAAGUUAUUGGUGUUAACGAUGAUUUUAGUAAGGAUUCUGAACUUUUAAUAAGUUCUAGUGAAAGCUAAAGAGUUUUCAAGGGUGUUUUCAUGAUUCUAAACUUUUUUAAACGCCGCUAGUGGAAGUAUUAGAGUUGUCAAGGCUAUUUUCACAAUUCCUGUCACGAUUCAAUGAGUAUCUCCACUUGUAAUUGUCCCCAAGUAGCAGAGUCAAGAUGAUCAGGCAAAACUAUUAAUCCCAUUUUAUUGACCAAAAAACCAGUGUUGUGCUAGGAAGUGUCUCUGGCCAAGGGGAACAAAAAGACUGAAGAAAAAUGCACCCCCUGAAGGCACCAGUCCUCAAAGAAUAGUCAAAAGGACCACCCAAAAAACUGUUGAUCAAGACUAUUUACCAAGAAAUUGACACUCCAUUGAGAGAUGCCCCAAUGCUGAGAGACAACCAUGUGUGUCUGGUCACUGCCGCUGCCGCCAUGAGCUUCCCCACACACUGCCACUGUGCUGCCGACGCCAUCACCAGAGACAGGAUAAAACGAGCGUCGAAAAGUGCGACUCGGAAACAUCGCCAGAAACGACAAAGAUGAGAUGUCGAUGGAAAUUUGUUGUAGUAGUGACGUGGUUAAGGAAAUGUAGGUGAAUUUGAGAUGCUGAAGGAAAAAUGACAAAGAUUAGGUAAAUAAAAUAAAAGAAAUAAAAAGUAAAAAUAGUAAAUAUGGGAAGAUAGUGAAGGAAAUAUAACAAAGAUAAAAUGUCAAAGGAAAAAUAGUUCAUAUGAAACACUGAAGAGAAAUAACGGAGAAAUAGAAAUAAGAAUAGUUGAUAUAAGAUGGUGAAAAAAAAUAAUAAGAUUGAACAGUAAAGAUAGUUAAUGAGAUGCUAGAAAAAUAACACAUCAGAAGUCACUGUCGAGAUAAAUAAGAGAAGUUGAAAGAAAAAAAAUAACAAAGAAUGGAAAUGAAAGUAACUGCAACACAUUAAUACAAGAGAUACUAAAAUAAAAAUAACAAAUUAAUACUUGUGAAAUUAAAAAAAGAAUAAUACACCAAGGACAAAAUAUAAAAGGCAUGAAAGAAAAGUGAAAAAUAACUGAAAAAAAAAACAAACAAUGAAAAACCAGAUGAAAACAAAUUAGCACACUUUUUGACAGGCAGCAGUGAGAGUUGUUGAGGCUUUCAGAGGGGGGGAGAGUGUGGGGGGGGGGUUCCCAUGACACCAGUAAGAGUUUAACAAAUCUUUAUCAUCUUAAAAACACUCUUAAGAACCUCACCAAUCACCUGGCCUCGGAAGAACAGUUCUGGUGAGAGAAACAAGCUGGCAACCAUUUCAGAAUACGAAAUUGGGGUGCUUUACAAAUGACAGAAAAUGAGCUAAUGAGAGAAGCAAAAUGAUUCAGAAUACGAACUUGGGGUGCUAAAAAAAAUAAUGACUCUUAGAAACAUAUUGUAUUCUGCAACACUUCUGUGCCGCACCUCCACUACUGUCCACAGGCUCUAGUUGGAGUUACACAAGUUUUUAAGGGCGUUUUUACGGUUCUAGUGACAGAUUAACAAGAUUUCCACUCAAUAAACAGGAGAAACACUCUUGAGAACCCAGCUAGUCAUCUCUGUGGCCUUGAAAAACAGUCAUGGUGAGAAAGCGGAGCGUUUUUAAGUGUGUUUUUUACGGUUCUAGUAACAGAUUAACAAGAUUUUCAGAUUAUUAACAGGAGAAACACUCUUGAGAACCCAGCUAGUUGUCUCUGUGGCCUUGGAAAGUAGUCGUGGUGAGAGAGCAGAGCGUUUCAGAAUACCUGCCCGUGUUGGUGCGCGUGUCAAGUUGUUGGAAUGACAGACUGAAGUAUCUAUCACUGAAGUAACUUAAGGCAACUUACAUACAUACGUACUUACUUGUUUUUUGUCCCGUAGGUAAACACUGAGGAAGAGAGUGGUGUGUACGUAAAUCUUUGUGUGUAUGGUUCAAUUUUUUAUGUUGAUGAUGAAAAGUGGCUGACUGACUAGUAAUGCUAUUUAUUUUGUAAUGCUUAUUGAGAAACGCUACUUAUUUAUUAUUAUUAUUAUCAUUACUACAUCAUAUUAUUGUGAUGAAUUGCCUUUGCACAUUUUCUAUUUUAAUGUCUGUUGGAAAAGUGUAUUUCAUUAUUUCAAGGGGUUUGCAUCAAUUGUUAUUAUUUUUAUUUCAUCUUUUUAUUUACAUAUUUAUUUUUUUGUUAUUAUAGGUUUGUGUGGUGAGUGAGGGAGGGAGUAGGUUAGGUUAGGUUAGUGUGAAGGAGUGAAAGGUGGAAGAGAAAGAGAAUUUGGAAGAAAUAGGAAAGAAGGAAGCAGAAAUUGAAGGAGUGAAAAGAAAGGAGAGAGAGAAAGAGAAUGAAGAGAAGGAAACAAAGGGAGAAUACAAAUGUAGUAAGAGAGAGAGAGAGAGAGAGAGAGAGAGAGAGAGAGAUAGCACACCAACUUUCAUUAUUAUCUGCAUUUACUUAUUUAUCAUUCUUAACCCCCCUUGUUUUUUUUUUUUUUAUAUAUAUAUAUAAUUUACUCCUCUAUUAUUCAUCAGAUUCUAACCUUUCUAUUUAUUUUUAUUUAUUCGUCUCAUCCCUUUCCAUUCUCUGCUGUUUUGUUAGUGAGAAUGUUUGCUGUUAUUGCUGCUACCACUCCUGUCAUUAUUAUUAUUAUUAUUAUUAUUAUUAUUAUUAUUAUUAUUAUUAUUAUUAUUAUUAUUGUUAUUAUUAUUAUUACCACUACUACCAACACUCUCAGCAUUAUUUACGGCAUCAUAUUACAGUGGCGGUGUUCUGUGUUUAUUUUAUUUAUUUUUUUAUUUAUUUAUUUUUAUUUUUUUUUGUAUGCCUGAGAAUUGACACUUUUCUAUGCUGUCAAAAUAGUUCACCAAUUUUCUCUCUCUCUCUCUCUCUCUCUCUCUCUCUCUCUCUCUCUCUCUCUCUCUCUCUCUCUCUCUCUCUCUCUCUCUCUCUCUCUCUCUCUCUCUCUCUGCAUUUCUUAUGGGAGGCUAGAGUUUCUCCAAUGCAGGAAGUCCUUGAGGUAUGGCGGGGUUCUGUUCCUCUGCCACGUGGCAAGCUGGUGUAGGGCACAGGUCUGAACCAGCCUAAGUAUCCCCUGCAGCAUGCCACUCAUCUGUAGUGAUGCUGGUACAUAAAAACAUACCUAUUAUACCUUUGAAAUAAACCCGUGGAGGACGUACGGUAAUAAAAAAUAAGGAAAUAAAUCCAUAACAGAAAUAUGAUCAGAGGGGAAUGCACAGGGAUGAGCACUGCCAGCCACCGCCGCGAACCGAGGACUCCCUUCACUAUGUUUGGCACAGGGACUGCCACAUGUAGGUCUGACAGCUUGCUGCAGCUCCCUUUGUGUCCUUGCAGUUCUGUUUGUCGCCAGCACUGCUCUCGUUGCGUCCGUCACCCACAGCACCGGUUGUGAAUAUUAUUUAUCUUGUGCAUGCGUCGUCGUUAUUUAUUGAGGCAACGUUUCCAGAUACCACAAACUUGAAGUAUUUAUUUAUUUAUGUCCCUGGUAGUUUCGUGUGUAUGAGAAGGUGUGAAGUGUUUGUGUGAGUGUGUGUGUGUGUGCGUGUGUGCAUGUGUGCGUGUAAGGUUUCAAAGUCUGGAGUUGCAGGGAAUUAUCUGAUACAGGUGUGGAGUGCGGUGCGUGCAGUUUCAUAAUGAAGGUGAAGGUUGCUCACUCACUCGUGGCAUCUCUGAGCUUAUUGUGGAAGGUUUCUCUUAAUCCAUCUGUCACAUCUGUUAGUCUACUGUUGUGGAAAAAGAAGUGCAUCUUUAUCCAUCUCUUUAUUCAUGUUGUCUCUUCAGUUUGUCAUUGUGGAAAGUGCUUCUCUUAAUCCAUCUUUCAUAUUGGUUCUUAACCUUACUGCUGUGAAAAGUCCUCCUCUCAAUCUUUCAUGUUUUUCAGUUUACCAUUAUGGAAAGUCCAUCUCUUCCAGUUUACCAUUAUGAAAAGCUUAAUUAAUCCAUCUUUUACUUCUGUCAUCUCUAAGUUCACCAUUGUGGAAAAUUUUCAUUGAUUUCACACCCACAAGCACAUUUACAUUUACUCCCACACCACAAGUCUGUAGUCACCACAGAAAGAGAGAGAGAGAGAGGACUUCACCCAGUAACUAAACCCUUCCAUCACUACCUGGCAAAUGUUUCUUGUUCUGCAGCCACUCCAAACAUUGCACAGGCUAGAAAUUGCAAACUCUAUUCCUUUUAUGUCCCCUUCUGUCUGGUAGCUGCUUAUGAAGACUCCAUCAUUUUAGUGCCUUCAGUUAUUGCAUAUGAGAGUGAAGGGGUGAAUACUGCAGCUGUACUGAGCACCUUUGUAUUAGUGGAGCAUGUGGAAAAGUUGUGCAUUACAGUGUAUGCUUCUGAUGUGUUUAUGUCAUUUCGAGGGGCGAUGCUUGUGUACAUUUACUCUUGUCUCGUAUUUAUUAUUUUGGUGAGCAUGUGUUCAUGAUGUCGGUUGUUUAUAUUGAUCUAACGUCUUGUAUUUAUCUAGGCAAGGUCCCGUUUCCACUGCCACCAGGUGUGCUCUUGUCAGUGUUGCAAGCCUGGCUGUGUGUUGUGAGGCUCUGGGGCGCUGUGUUCCCAUGGGAUUGUGUUACCUUGAGUGUGUCAUUCCACCAACUCAAACAACACUGAUACUGAUAGAGAGAGAGAGAGAGAGAGAGAGAGAGAGUGUGUGUGUGUGUGUGUGUGUGUGUGUGUGUGUGUGAGGUCUUUCUGAAACUGUCUGAAUUCUUAUUAAAACUUAUAUUUUGGAGAGAACAGUGUGUGUGUAUGUGUGUGUGUGUGUGUGUUUUGGCCUUUUCAAAACAUUCUGUCUUAUUAAAACAUCUAUUUUGAAGAGAAAUGUAAGUUUGGAAAGAGAAAUGCAAGUCUCUCUCUCUCUCUCUCUCUCUCUCUCUCUCUCUCUCUCUCUCUCUCUCUCUCUCUCUCUCUCUCUCUCUCUCUCUCUCUCUCUCUCUCUCUCUCUCUCUCUCUCUCUCUCUCUCUCUCCAGACAGCACCAGCAGGAAGGCAAGCAAGCAAACAAGCAGCAAACAAAGCUAAGCAUCUCACCCCUUGUUUGUUCAUGUCAGUUAUAUUUUUACCCCGAAACAGUUUAAGGAAUAUUGUGUGGGCCGGCGAGGGUCAGGCCAGGCUGGGGUUGGGCUUGCCGACCCGACCUUCUGUUGACCCGAUCCCUUGUUGACCCAGCCUGGCCUGCUCCUGACCCGCCCGCUGAACCGUGUCGGCCUUGGCCAAGAGUUGUAUAUUUCAUGAGUCAAGUCACUGUGCCUUUCCCCGUUGUCUGACUCAUUGACUCACUCGCCUCAAGCUUGUCUUCUUCCCAACUGUGCACACUCUUAACUCCUUGACUGGUGAAGCCGUGACUCCAGCUGGGGGAUUUUGUGAAGCCUGACUCAAGCUGCAGUGUUUGAAAUUGGUGCCACUUGUAAAUUUAGUCAUUUUAACAAAGGCUGAAUUAAGAAGUAGAGAUGAAAAUUAACUCCUUGACUGAUGAAGCUGUGACUGAAUCAUUGACUCGGGUAAUUUGAUGAUCUUACAAAGCCAAACUGAAGCUGUCUGUCUGUCUGUCUGUAUACCAGGCCGGCAAUCACACACAGCACGGCCCAGACAAGGCAUCACACACACACACACACACACACACACACACACACACACACACACACACACACACACACUACAGGGAUUAAAAUGAUUUGGUUGGCUAGUGGUGUGACUCAAAAUGGGAAGGGUGCAUCUCAUUAAUUUGGUAAUUUUACAAAGCCAAAAAGUGAAGUUCUCUGUCCAUCAAUAUAAGCCAAAGUGAAGCAGUAUCAACUUGGAGUGACUCACAAAUUGGAUAAUUUUACAAAGGCAGACUGAAGCUACAAGGAUGAAAGUAUUUGAAUGAUUCCCACACUCUACUGUCACUGUUUUGAUAUUUUGCUAACACUGAGAAGACACCGAUAUUACUGCUGUCUUGCAUCCAUCAAGACUAAGAGGAUGAAGGCAAGCUACAUUUCCACCCCACUGUUAAGACUGGGAAGGCAUCAAAAUUAUCAUAAACUUGCACCACAGUAUGUUAAGAAUGGGUGAAGUAAUGUACAACAACAAUGUAAUGUGAGUCAGGGUCCACCAGAGUUUGCUUCCAGUCAGCUUGGCACAAAAUGGAAGUGUUGUUUUGCUGGAAAGGUUCUUGUGGCAGAACAGCAAUGCACACCAAUUUCAGUUCACUUAAAACUUAAAUUAUUUGUUUUCAAUCAACUUUCUGGUCUCUCUUUUUGGUGCCAUUUUAAAACAAUAAUUUUAAACCAGUUCGCAGUAAAUCAACACUGUGUAAUAUCAGACAACCUUUUACAAAUCCUAACUCAGCAAAGGAGCUAGAGAGUUAAAAUGCGAUCAAACACAUACUUUACUUCACAUCCCUUCUGGGUUCUCUCCCUCGCUCACUCCAGCGCUGUGCCUUCCUGCAGCGCUGCCAGGUCACCCCAGAUGAGCCAUAACCUGAGUCACUGUACCAGUCACAGAGUUAAAACACAAUCAUAUAUUUCACCACUUUCUGUCCCUUGUAGGCUCCUCCCUGUCAUUCACUGUCUCUCUCCAGCACCACGACUUCCUCUGGUGCUGUCGUGACCACAUUUCUGUCACCCUUCUGUCACUCUCGUCCCAAGAAGUGAGUCAGUCAUUUGGGCAAAGGCGAUGAUUUCAUAUGGGGAAUGUUGUCCAGCGUGUCACCAGGGUCACUUCUGUCCUGUGCGCGCCAUGAGGCCACAUUAAAACGCCCUCAUUGUAUUAAAACGCGAAGAAUGAUGCGCAUGCCACCAGACUUGGGUAUCUCGUAUCUUUUGUGGCUUUUCCCCUCAAGUCUGCCUAAUGUAAUCAGGUUUUCAGAUGUCCAAGCAGAAAGGAGGUGCUGCUGUGACACGUCUGGACAGCAUUUGUUUAUACUGUGGCUGGGAAGGAAGGAAGGAAGGAAGGGGAAGAGUGAGGUAUCAGUCUAUUGGACACUCAGAAGUCUCAAUUUUUUGACGUCACUUCAACUGAACACCGGUUUCUUGUAUUAAUUCUCUACGUGGUUUAGCGACUCCUGAGUAGGUUUGUGUGAGGGCUUGUAGGCUGCAGUAUGUUUUGCAUCCGUUCCUCAGCAGUAGAAGUGUGUAUCAAGGUGCUAGUUGAGGCCACACACCGCAAGGGAUGCUGUGUGGCGUCUGACAGCUAAUAGUGUGUUUAGGACAGUAGAUUCCCUGUGGCUCUCUGUUUUCAUGUUUGUUCCUUAGUGUGCAGAGGAGUACAUUCUUGGUGCUGGUGUGACACGCACUCCUCGGGGGUGAGUGUGUCGUGUGGUGACAGCGUAACAGCUUGUCUCUUCACGCAUCAGUUAUACAGUGUGUAGCAGUGACUGAGGCAGGUGAGGAUUCGGGGACGUGGCACCACUGCUAGACUGACGCUCUCACUCACUCACUCGCUGGCCUGUGUAUUGCCUCGUGUCUUGUUUUGAAGUGUGCGUCAAAAUGUAUUUCCAUCAAAUCACUUAUUACUUAACAAAUUAUCAAAAUGAGAACAGCUUGGUGUCUUACAAAAGAACAUUUACAAUUUUGAUGAUCAUUUUGUCUUUCUCUUCACUGACUGGGAUCUUCGUGGACCUUUAUUUAUUUCCAUUUGAUUUAAUUUUAUUCCUUUUUGUCGUCCCUGGCCAACGUCCCUCCUACAUUAAAAAUUAAUAAAGUAAUGGUUUUGGCAGAAGUAAAGUAAAUUUGUCACACAUUUCAAGAGACUUCAAUACAUAGACCAGUGAGGGAGUGAGACCAUCAGCCUACCAGAGUUACCGUGUCUCCGUGCGCUCACCCACCUCAGUCACCGCCAAACACUUCAUGACACACCCUGUAUAAUCCAUGUGCUGGCUUUUGGUGCUUGAUUGAAGCCACACUAUGAGCAACUAAUCUUCCUGCCACACCACAACCUGCGACUAGUAACCAGACUCUUAUCCUUGGUAGCACAGGAUGAUAGCAUAGCAGAGGUGCUCCAAACCUUACCCUUCUUAGCUUCACCUGACAAGACGCCCUAAGCACUGUGGUCUGUUAUGUGUGCAGCACAGUAUUGGGGGACACCACAUCCAACACACACACACACACAUACACACUGUAAAAAAUCAGAAAUUGCAGAACUGGUGCACAGUCAGCUUUAACUCAACCAAACAGGGCCAAGUCAUGCAGCAAUGUGAGGGAGUACCUAGCAUAACAGACCCACAGGAGUGCCUAGGGCGUGGCAGGGUGCCGGCAGUCAGUAGGGCAUCAGUGCAGUGCAGCAUGACUCAGAACGUGACGCCGCUGCCGGCUUCACCUUUGCCUGUCUGUUUGUUUACGUUGGUGUUUUAGCAAGGAGUCAGUGGUGUUACACUUCACGGCGUUUUGAAGACGUUUUUCAGUGAGGGUUCCAUUGCAAAGUUCCAUUGGUGUUUGAGUGUUUUCAGCGAGGGGCGCCCAGAGCGACGCCUUCCUUCCCAGCCCACUGUGAUAGGUUUAGAAAAGGAACAGAGUACCUGGAGAAUUAUCUAAGGUUUGUAUAAAAAAAUUCUUACCCAAAAAUUCCUCAAAAAAAUUGCAAACAGGAGGCGCAGACCCGAUCUGGCCCAACUCGACCAGCAGCCACUGCCAUGAUGUAGAGUUUAAACCUUAAUAUUCGGCCUGUCAUCUCCAACUGAGGGAAUUGGGCUGGCACUGUGUGAGAUCAAGUCAUGUACUGCAGAGUUUAAACCCAUAAAGUUACGGUCGUAAGAGUUAAUGUUAUGUGUUCUUGUCCGUGCGUCAAUCAAGGUGUUCUAAUAUACCCUAACCUAACCUAACCUUCCCUUCCCUUCCCUUCCCUUCCCUUCCCCACACACUACCUGAUGACACCACAGUCCCCAUAUUUUGCUAGUGUUCUAGUAAGCCCUACCCUACCCUAACCUAACCCAUAUAUCCCAUACCCUGGUGUUAUACUAAUGCCAUAGUCCCAAUGUUUUACUAGCUUUCUUAUGUACCCUACCCUUACCUAACCUUACCCUCCCCCAUACACUACCCCAUACUAAGGUGUUCAUUUUACCAAACAUCUUAGUCCCUUCAUGAUUUUCUAGUGCUCUAAGACAGUGUACACUAAACUUAACUUGCCUUCCCUUCACGAUUUCCUAGUGUUCUAAUACGGUGUACACUAACCUACCCUAACUUGCUCUCCCCCAUAGCCAGGCGUUGAUUUACUAAUGCCGCUUUCAGUUUUCUUAGCAUUGUAAUGUACCCUAACCUAAUCACCCUUCCCCCAACACCUUCUAAUGUUUUCCUAGUGUUCUGGUACUGCAUACACUAACAUAACCUCCCCCAUACACUACCCCUACCCAGGUGUUUGUAUACUAAUGCCAUAGUCUCCCGUGUUGCAAUAGGGUAGCAAAGAUUCCAGCACUCCUAUUUCCCAUGCAAACCUCCCCCCCCCCCUCUUAUGGGAUCCAACCUUUCGUCAACCUCUCACUCUUGACCUGUGUUCCUCCUCUCGCCCUUCUCUCCGUCUCGCUCCUCAUUCUAUUCCAUGCAUAAGUUAGACAGUUCCGUUCCGUUUCUCCGUGUAUGAAGUGUGGAGUUUACACAGCCUAGGUGCCCCACCCCUUCCCAUCCCCCUUCCUUCCCUCCCUCCCUCCUUCCCUCCCCUGCUAGGUGUUCGCUACACUCGUUUUUUGUAUCAUUUUGCUGUUUAUAUUCAAAUGAAACUCCCUUUUGUAAUAAACUUGGUGAAAUCC